AUGGCAAUUUCCGUUCCCCUUUCGGGAACAAUGGUUGCACCUAAGGGAGCUCUUUCUAACCAAGUUAUGUCGACGGGCGAAGAUGAGUUAGUUCUUAUCUCAGCUAGUCCCAUUUCUCAGUUAGACCGAGUUUUGCCCGGAGCCAUGCAUUAUCCCGAAGAAUAUGGUUCGAUUGAAAAUUCCUUAGGUAAGGAUGGUGAUUUUUUAGACGUAAUUUGUUUAAAUGAUAACCCCACUUUUCCUGGUUGUCAUUUGCCGAUUAGAAUUAUUGGUGUGUUAAAAAUGAUUGACGAUGGCGAAGAGGACAACAAGAUAUUAGCCGUGAAUGCGGUUAAUUCUCGCUUCCAAAACAUUAACGACUUAAAAAAUGUUAGUAGUGGUAAAUUGGACGAAAUUGCUAAUUUUUUUCUUCGUUAUAAGGAAUUAGAAAAAAAAGAAGUAAAAAUUUUCGGGUGGGGUAAUAAAAAAGAAGCGAAGGAAAUUCUUGCUCGCGGUCAAUAUUUAUAUCUCAAACACCAGGAGUUAGUAAGGAAAGGUCCUAAUCACAAGAAAAAAUUAGUCGAAAUGUUAAAAGAAGAAGAAAUCAACUUGUCGUCAUCAAUUUAA